AUCUUCUUCACAUUUAAUUAUCAUAACACAAGUAGUAAUAGUUAUAAAGUUUUUAAGCAAGAAAAAAAAUGGGAUUAAAGGUAUUUAUCCUUUUAAGCCUUGCUUUGGCUAUUUGUGUAACUUUAACAUCAGAGGUUGCAGCUAGGGAGUUGGCUGAGGGCUCCACAAAUACUGUGGAAAUUAACAAAUCCGAGAUGGAAAAUGAAGUAAAUGAAGCUAAAUAUCCAGGCGAUGGAUUCGGAGGAGGUUAUGGAGGGUUCCCGGGUGGUGGAUAUGGAGGGUACCCGGGGCGUUGGUAUGGAGGAGGCGGAUACUGUCGCUUUGGUUGUUGCCGGAGAAAUUUCUAUGGUGAUGGUGGUUGCUUAAGGUGUUGUUACCCAGGAGAAAGUUGAAACUAUAAAGUUACUCAAGCUAUUUACUAAGUAAUAUGUAUCGUGUGUUUUAGUAGUAAUACUUUUGUUGAAUAAAUGGUCUGAAAAAAUCGAGGGUCAAUCAGAAACAUAUUCUCUAUCUUAUA